AUGGCUGCCUCAACGCUAAAGAAUGUCAUUGUGGUUGGCGGAUCGUACGUCGGAAGGGGAGCUGCGGAGGAGCUGGCGCGGGUGAUCCCCAGCACGCACAGAGUGUUGUUGAUCGAACCCCACAGCCACUUUCACCAUCUUUUCGCCUUCCCCCGAUUCGCCGUUCUUCCCGGCCACGAACAUAAAGCGUUCAUUCCCUACACCCGCCUCUUUUCCUCUUCACCCAAUUCGACCCAACACGCCGUCGUGCAGGCUCGCGUUCUCUCCGUCCAACCACAGCAUAUCAACCUCGACCGGGCCUGGCAGGGCCAGAGCCAGAUUCCCUACGAGUACCUCGUCGUCGCAACAGGCACCCGUCUCGCCGAACCUGCCGCCAUGCGCGACGAAGACAAGGUAUCAUCCGUACAGUAUCUGCAAAAUCACCAAUCAGACGUGAAGAGAGCCAAGUCCGUCGUGAUUGUUGGUGGUGGCGCCGUGGGCGUACAGAUGGCCACAGACAUGAAGGAGUUAUACCCAGAGAAGGAGAUCACGGUGGUGCAGUCGCGCGACCAGCUCAUGCCUCAAUUCCACCGGGGCCUUCACGAGAUUGUGAAGAAGCGCUUCGACGAGCUGGGAAUCAAAACCAUAACCGGCGCCCGCAUUGUGGUCCCAGCCUCAGGCUUCCCCAACAACGGCACGCCCUUCACCGUGCAACUCAACAACGGCACCGAACUCACCACCGAUUUUGUCAUCCUAGCCACCGGCCAGAAACCCAACAACGACCUGCUUCGCUCUCUCCCAGCCUCGUCCCCAGACUCCCUCAUCAACCCCGACAACGGCUUCAUCCGCAUUCGCCCGACGAUGCAGUUCCAGGACCCCCAGUACCCGCAUCUAUUCGCCGUGGGCGAUAUCGCCGACACGGGGUUGCGCAAGGCCGCACGCCCCGGUGGUGGCCAGGCCGCUGCGGUGGCCCACAACAUCCAGGCGAUGAUCGAGGGGAAGAAGCCCGAGGAGGUGUUUCCGCCGUUCCCGAUGGCAAUCCAUAUCACACUUGGACUGAAAUAUAACAUCGUGUUCCGCAAUCCUAACCCUGCGGAAGGGAAGACAGAGCCGGAGGUCAAGGAGUCAUGGGAUUCGCAGGAAGACAUGGGAGUGGAUCGGUGGUGGAAUCGCCUGGGAUUCCAGGAGAGCGCACCAUCUCAGUACCACUUGUAG